AUGUCAUAUCGAGUUUGUUGUGGUCACUUUGGCCACAUCGAAUUAAAAAAACCUGUGUUAAAUUAUGCUUUUAUAAAAACUGUGGUUAACGUCCUCCGCUGUGUUUGUGUUUCUUGCGCAAGAAUUCUAGCACAUCCCAGUGACAAGAGAUUCAGAGAUGUCUUGCUAAUAAAAUCUAAACCUGCUCGUUUGACUGCAAUUGCAAAUAUCACUAGGACUGUUACUACUUGUCCCAUUUAUGAAGAUGACAACGGUAAUGUUAUUGGUUGCGGAGCUAGUCAACCAACGUUUAAAAGAGACAACUUAGAAAUUUUAGCUGACUUUUCGCGGUCUGGCGGCCAAGAAGGCAAGGGAGGAAUUAAGACAUCAGUAGAGAAAUACUUUUCUACCACUGAGAUAUUGUCUGUAUUUAAAAAAAUAAGAACCACCGAUAUAAAGCUUCUCGGUUUUGACGGUGUUAACACAUCCCCUGAAAAUUUAAUAAUUAGGAAUCUAAUUGUAAUGCCGCCCUGUGUUCGUCCACCUGUUCAAUUCGGAGCAGAUCGUUGUGAAGAUGAUUUAACAGCAAAAUACAACGACAUUUUACUUUUAAACAAGCAAAUUAAAAGAUUUGAGGAAGCAGGAGCAGCUUCACACGUAAUGACCAGCAGUUAUAGUUUACUGCAAUACCACGUUGCAACUUUAAUGAAUAAUGAAAUCUCUGGUAUUCCUGUCGCGACUACCCGUAGAAAAAAGCCUAUCAAAGGUAUUAGAGAACGAUUAAAAGGAAAAAAUGGGCGUCUCAGAGGUAAUUUAAUGGGUAAGCGUGUAGAUUUUAGUGCGAGAACUGUUAUCACUGGUGACCCUAACUUGGAUUUGGAUCAGGUUGGUGUUCCUUAUAGUAUUGCAAUGAAUCUUACAUUCCCUGAAAUAGUGAUCAAUUCAAAUCUUGAUGAAAUGCGAAUGGCUGUUACAAAUGGUCCGUACAAAUGGCCAGGUGCUAAAUACGUUAUAAGAAAAGAUGGUACUAGAUAUGACCUGCGUCACUGUUACAAUGGCUCCUCUGAUUUGCAGCUCGAACCUGGAUGCGUCGUCGAACGUCACUUGAGAGACGGUGAUUAUGUAUUGUUCAAUCGUCAACCUUCUUUGCACAAGAUGAGUAUCAUGGGUCACAGAGUUAAGGUAUUACCGUACUCUAGUUUCAGAAUCAAUCUUAGUGUAACCUCUCCGUAUAAUGCCGAUUUCGAUGGAGAUGAAAUGAAUAUGCAUGUUCCACAAUCUUACGAAACUAGAGCAGAAAUUAAAUAUUUGUGUGCUGUUCCCUACCAAACUAUAUCUCCUCAAAGUAACAAACCUGUAAUGGGGAUUGUUCAAGAUACACUGAUUGGAGUCACUUUGAUGUCUGAUAAAAACAUUUUUGUUACUAAAAAAGAAUUAAUGUCUUUAUGUUUGCAAGUGGAAGGAUGGUCUGGAGAAAUUUUUCCUCCUACGGUUUGGAAACCACAAAAACUUUGGACAGGUAAACAGUUGUUCACGCUUUGUUUGCUUUCAAAUAAUAACAUUCGAAUUCGAUCUGAAAAUCCUAACUUCACGUCCAACGAUGGUCAUGUUAUAAUUGAGGACGGUGAGCUGCUUUCCGGAGUUAUUGAUAAAAAAAUUGUAGGAGCUACUUCUGGUGGUUUAAUUCAUGUGCUAUGGCAUCAGUGCGGUGUCAUUACGACAAGAAACUUCAUUCAUAUUUUGCAACGUGUCGUUACUGCGUGGAUGCUCACCCAAGGUUUCACCGUCGGCAUCAGUGAUAUUAUUGUGGCAGAUGAAACGGCAAAGAAGAUUUCAGAAGUUUUACAAGCUAGACAGGAGGCGGUGAAAGAGCUUUUCAAAAAAGCUUGUUCUGGUAAUUUCGAGACGCAACCAGGCAAAGGCCUGUUGCGUUCUUUCGAAGCCGUGUCGAACAGCGAAUUCAAUUCAGCUAGAGAAAUUGCAGGAAAAUACGCCACCGAUUUCCUAUCUAACUCAAACAACAUUUAUAGAAUGGUUAUGUCUGGUUCCAAGGGUAGUAUGAUUAACAUAUCGCAAAUCAUGGCUUGUGUCGGUCAACAAAAUGUAGAAGGUAAAAGAAUCCCAUUUGGAUUCAACGCUAGAACUUUACCUCAUUUCGCCAAAUUCGACUUUAACGCUGAUAGCAGAGGUUUUGUUAAGAAUUCAUAUUUAAGUGGUUUGUUACCACAUGAGUUGUUUUUUCACGCCAUGGGUGGAAGAGAAGGAAUCAUUGAUACAGCCUGUAAAACAUCUGAAACCGGUUACAUACAACGACGUUUAGUAAAGGCUAUGGAAGAUGUUGCUGUGGCAUAUGAUGGAACUGUUAGAAAUUCUAACAAUGAAAUUAUUCAGUUCUUUUACGGUGAAGAUGGAAUCAGAGGUGAGUUUAUUGAGCAACAAGACUUGAUACUAAUGACAAUGAAUUAUGAAAAACUGAAAAAACGAUUCUUUCACGAUAUUUAUGAUGAAAACUACGGAAAAGGCUGGUUAGAACCUUCUAUCGCUCAAGAGAUUAUAAGCCGAGUUCAUACUGAAAUUUUAGAUCGAGAAUAUCAGUUUUUAUUAGAUUCACAGAGAAUGCUUCAAACUGAAAUUUUCCCCGAUGGUGAAUACAAACAAUAUUUGCCUGUCAAGUUUGAAAGAUUUAUUAAUAUUGCGAAGAAAAAAUUCCUUCAAGAAACUAUUUGUACUGUAGAUCCUCGCGACUUGGUUCGUCAAAUAGACCAACUUGUCGAUGACUUGCAGCCAGUACGCUAUGCAGAUAAUAUUGUAUUGGAGAGCGUUCGUUGUUCCAUGGUGCUUUUCGUUAUUCAACUCAGAACCUAUUUAAACAGUUUGGAAUUAUUGCGCUACCAUAAAUUUAGUCAAGAAGCUCUGACAUGGAUAUUCGAUUCAAUUAAAAAUACGUACAGAACCUCAUUGAUACAGGCAGGAGAGGUUGUCGGUUGUUUGGCUGCGCAGUCUAUUGGCGAGCCAGCAACGCAGAUGACCUUAAAUACAUUCCACUUCGCCGGAGUUGGAGCGAAAAAUGUUACAUUAGGUAUUCCUCGACUCAGAGAACUAUUGAACGUCGCAAUUAAUAUUGCUACUCCUAGUUUGACUGUAUAUCUAGAUUCCGAAACGGCUAAAAAUUCGGAGUUUGUUCGAAAAUUACAAGGAGAAAUUGAGUUUACUACACUUGAAAAGUUUAUUAAGAAAAUAGAGUUGGUUUUUGACCCAGAAAUUAUGAGCAGUUGCAUACCCGAAGAUAAUGAAUGGGUAGAAGAUUACUAUUCGCUAAACGAAAUGAACGAAUCUUCCGCUAGCAGCAUGAGCGUUUGGGUUUUGCGGUUAACAUUACAGCAAAGACUUAUUACGGAAGGGUUACGGUUAAGCGAAAUUGGAGAAAAAAUAAAAAAACUUCUAGCUCAUUUGCAGAUGUCAGUUAUUUGGACUGAUGAUAACAGUGAUCAAUUUAUCAUCAGAAUAAGAGCUUCUAAAAACUCCGCCAAACUACUCGAUUUACACUCUACGUUAAAUACAGCAGAAGUAGGCAGUGAAGAGACAAUUGAUUUGUUAACCUAUUUAAUGGAAACGACUCUGCCUUCCAUACGUUUACGAGGUAUACCGGGAAUCAAAAAAGUAUAUAUUCGAGAAGAACGAGCUGUGAAAUAUAACCCCGACAAGGGAGUUUAUGAACCAUGCAAUGGUGGAUGGAUUCUCGAUACUGACGGUGUUAACCUGGCCAGUGUGUUUACGCUUGAACACGUAGAUUUCACGCGCACGAUAAGUAACAACAUUUCUGAAGUUCUAAAAAUACUAGGAAUUGAAGCUGCACGGGCUGCUUUGCUGAAGGAAAUCCGUCAAGUCAUUUCUUUCGAUGGUUCAUAUGUCAACUACCGACAUCUCGCUAUUCUAUGUGACGUUAUGACUCAUAGAGGAACCUUAGUGCCUAUUAAUAGACACGGUAUUAACAGAGUCAACAAAGGAUUGUUUGCAAAGUCUUCAUUCGAAGAAACUGUUGAAAUAUUCUCAGACGCAGCUAUGUUUGGCGAAAUGGACACACUGAAUGGACUCACUGAAAAUAUAAUUUUCGGUCAGCUUGCGAACUUUGGUACCGGUAUGAGCGAUAUCAUGAUUGAUUACGCCAAGCUUAAAAACGCAAACACAUAUUUCGAGUCUUAUUCUGGUGCUGAAUGGGCUAAAUUGAACAAUACUGUGGAGAACAACGAUAUUUCGAAGUUACGUUUUAAACUUUUUGGUCUUUAG